UACAGUAUGUUGGUUGUUCGCAAUGAAUAAUAGUACAGAAAUAUGGAUACCCAAUACAAAUGUUGUGACAUACAUAACUUUCGAAGUAAUAGUAGCAAUUAUUGCUACAAUUGGAAAUCUAGUAGUUUUGGUGGCAUUUUGCGUGGAGAAGAAAUUACGUAAAUUAACAAAUUAUUACAUACUCAGCUUAACUAUUGCCGAUUUAUUAGUUGGCUUAGUUGGAAUACCUUCUGCAAUUUUAGUAAAGAUUGGGUUGCCGAUGAAUGCAUUUACAUCCUGUCUGAUGAUGUUAUCGUUGUUGAUGGUGUUGUGUACAGUUUCUAUCUUCAAUUUGGUUGCUGUUUCUCUGGACAGAUACUGGGCAAUUCUUCAUCCUUUUAAAUAUUAUACGAAAAUGUCGAGUAGAGCCGCUACCGUUAUCAUCAUGAUCUGUUGGCUACUAGGAUCAAUUAUAGGCUUUUUACCUCUUUUCGGAUGGAAUAAUGGAUCUAAAGAAGAUGGGAGAUGCGUUUUUAUACCCACUAUCGAUUAUAACUUUCUUGUCCUCAUUUAUUUUGGUACAAUUAUUUAUCCUGGCUCAUUGAUGGCUUACUUUUAUAUUAAAAUAUAUUUGGUGAUAAUAAGUCAGAUAAGAAAAUCACGGAACAGCACCGUUUUAUCCGAAGAUAAGAAACGUCCAGCUAUCAGCCAACAGAAUAGUACAGAUUCUUUUUCAACUGCAAAAAAUAAAAUUCGUAAAUCCACGUUAUUUUUCCUAAAUUACAGAGAAAUAUCGAAAACCAAAGGCUUAUCUAUAAUCGUAUUAGUAUUCAUGUUAUGUUGGUUACCGUUGUAUACGGCAAAUUGUAUUCUAGCAUUUUGUAAAACAUGUAAAAUACCUCUUCCUCUAAUGGAAUUUUUUAUUGUAUUAUCGCAUGCCAAUUCUGCAAUUAAUCCGUUUCUCUACGCUUAUCAAAUGAAAGAUUUUCAAAGAGUAAUUUGUAACGUUAUCAGAUGUAAAACAUUCGAGGAAAGAAAAAUCUUUCCUUCUACAAUUACUACGGAAACAACGUCUUUCCGUUAAUUCCGAAAAUCGUUUUUUUAUUUUAAAUUAUGUUUAUCGAUCUUUUUGUAAAAAUUAAGUAAGUUUAUUCCACAAUAUAUUCUAAUGUAUUAAAUUUAUUUUUAAAUGUAAAUCACAUUAUUACGAAUUUAAUGGAAUAAUUCGGGAGAGGGACUGUCAAUUAAUUAAUUAAAGCCAAAGUCCGCUUUAUAAUAAAGUAGAUUUUCGAAUGCACGUUGUUAAAAAUUGAUUUCUACGACCAUUUUUGGUAACUGUGUAUGUUUUAUAUGCUUCUAUAAAAUAUAUUUCGUGUCGAGUCAAUAUAUUUACAUUUUUUAAAGUUGAUUCUCUCUACUCUUAUAUGUAAACUUGGGUGAAUA